AUGGUGGAGGACAUCGGAGGCGGAGGGCAGUGCCGGGCUGGCCCACUAGACACUGAACCGCUGAGCACAAAGGAAAAAGAAAGUAGCAGUUUGCCUGGGCUCUCCGAGCCAGCCUGGGAGACGGCCCCCCAGGCCCAUCCUCCCGCGGGCCUGGACCAUCCGCACACGGUAGGAGCCCGCGGGCCGCCUGAGAGCCCCUUCCCAGCGGUCGCACCCUCUGCCCUGGGCCCGUCCCCUGUGGGAUCACCGGCUUCCACGGGCCUCUCCCUCCCCACCCUGACUGUGCAUCCAAGCGUCAGAGGGACUCCUGGAGGGAAAGGCCGGGGUCUAGGGGUGCUGCUGGAAGGAAAGCGCCCACCAUCACCCACUAAAAGCAGCUCCGGGAGGAUUUCGGACUGUCUGGCCUUCCCCAGUCCCCCCAGACGUUCCCGACCACUGACCUUUGUCCCGGCGGAACCUGGGGCCGCGUGGCGGGGGAGCGGGCCCCCAGCGCACGCGAGCAGGCCCUCGGCCACUGCCGUCCUUGGCGACCGAGGCUCUCCUCCCGCCCCGGGACGCUGGCUUCCGCCCGCCGGGGACCCCCGGGCCCUCGGGGAGGGGAGCGCCCGUCUGACCCGGGAAGACUCCGCAGGAGUUUCGAGGGCGGACGGGGAGGGAGGGGCGAGCUUGCCCUACCCGGGCCGGGGCUGGACUUCCCGGUUUCCGUGUCCUGGGGCACCUGGGAGCGGGCAGGCGUGGGCCCCGCGACCCCGCACGGCCGCCCUCCCCCGCCGGGCCCAACGCCGGCGCACCGACCUCCACGCCGACCGCCGCGUCUGCCAGGCCCCGCGAGCCCUCCGGGCGUGUGGGGGGCCCGAGAGCCCGACCCGCGCGCCACCCCCCGGGCCGCUCCGCGGUCGCCGCGCGCUCCGGGCUCCUCCCGGCGGGGGGUGGGCGGGGCUCGACGAGGGCCCGCCCCGGCUCCGCCCCCUCCCAGGCCCCGCCCCGGAGCGGGUGCCCCGGCACUGCCCCCCGCCCAGGCCCGCCCCGGCCCCGCCCACGGCCCCGCCCCAGAGGACGCCCCGGCACUUCCCCGGCCCCGCCCCCGACCCUGGCCCCGCCCCCAGAGGGUGCCCCCCCCGCGGUCCCGCCCCAGCCCCGCCCCCAGCACUGCCCCCCGCCCAGGCUCGGUCCGGCUCCGCCCCCGGCCUCGCCCAGGCCCCGGCCCAGAGGCUUCAGCUCCUGAGACACCUUGAUGAGGCCUUGCCUGAACCCCUCCCUAGGCCCCAGGACACAGCCUUCCAUCGAAGCGGACAGAGCCGCCCUACUCAUCGCACUAAUGGUCUGACACUCUGGUCUCCCCAGAGUACCGAGCUCCUUGCCUUGGCCUCAUCCAUACCUCUGAACUCCCCAACCCAGUACAGGCCUGGAGAUAGCCUGGGCACUCUGCGAGCCCCUGCUGCCAGGUCAGGACCACCACCCCCUGGGAUCUGCAAGCCCCACCCAGUGCUGUCUGGCACCGUGACCAGAGUCCAGGCCAAGUCUGGAAUGAGAGCAGCCCACGAGGACACACCACCAAGAAAGCAGGACAGAAAAGAGCGCGCCGCUCCGCCAAGGGUUUCUGAGGAAGCCCCUGCCCCAGUGAAGCCGCUGCUCCGGUGGCCAGUGGCCAUCAGCAGACAGUGA